AUGUUUUCUACAGCGGGGGAUACCAGUGCUCUCGAAAGUUAUGCAAUUCUGGUCUCUGACUCUCUGGCUAGGGCUAUAAAUAUGGUAGCAUGCAUACCGGCCAGAAUAAUCGCCAUCCUGCGGCCUGCUCCCUCGCAACAGUCCACUGGAUCACACACAGAUGUGGUAGAUGCCAUAUGCCAGCAUAAGGCGUCUACGGCACACCAGCAAGGCGUUCCGUGGAACGGUCUCCAUCAGAGCGUUGAGAAUGGCGACGACAUCUUGGCCUGA